AUGAGAGGAGCAGAGCGCGGCCGAGCGGAUUACAAGGUGAUAUCGGCUCAGACUCAGACCGAUGACUUGUAUCUGGACGAUGCAGGUUCAGGAGGAUUCUACCCCGAGGACGACGACGACUUCAGCUCUGGCUCCGGCUCUGGCGCAGGUGAAGAUGGCGACGCAGAGACGGUGACAGUGAGCACGGUCUACAUCCAGCCCGAAGCCGCGGUUCCCACCAAGGACCAGACCAAAGACUACACGCCCAGAGUGGACCCCGUCACCCAGAGACAGCAGCCCGCCACCCCCAGGAAGCCCUUCAGAACAGAGGCCCCAGUGCCAGUGACAGAGGAGAUCCAGAGAAACCAGAUGACCAGUACGACCAGUGUCCCUGGUUCACCACAGGAGGCAGUAGAGGUACACUCCGACAACCUCUUCCACCGGACGGAGGUGUUGGCAGCGGUGAUUGCCGGUGGAGUGAUCGGCUUCCUCUUCGCCAUCUUCCUCAUCCUCCUCCUGGUUUACCGCAUGAGGAAGAAGGACGAGGGCAGCUACGACCUCGGCGAGAGAAAGCCCAACGGCACGCCGUACCAGAAGGCCCCCACCAAGGAGUUCUACGCAUAA